GUCAUAAUGUCAGCUGAGAACUGUCAAAAUACGUAAACAUUGUUGAUGGUGAAUUUUCUAAUACGAUUUUCUCGUUAAAUAUUACAAUUUCUAAUAAGAAAAUGUCUAAAAACGCCCAAGUAGUCGACGGCGAGGCGUCCGAGUCGGAUUCCGAAAUAGAAAUCGGGAAAUCUCCGGAUCUUGACCUAACAGUGAAUACGAAGUCAUUUGUGAUCGCUGGAGAGGCUCCAGAAUCUGAUGAUGAAACUAAACUGACAAUACCGCCAAACCCACCAGAGCUGGAUCCCCCGCUGCACAGCGUCCUGCGUCCCACUCCGUCGCCAGCACCAGCUAGUUCCAACAUUUACAACUCUUUGCUGCAUCAGAAGCUUUGGGAAUGCAACGUUUCAUUCAGAGCCACCCUCGAAGGCCUCAUCAAGCAUACGACAGAAAUAUCGGUGGAGAAACUGACAAGAGCUGACAAAACACUACUGAAUGUACAAGAGAGUAUGAGAGCUACGAAUGCUAACUUGACAUUAGCUAGGGCUCGCCUGAAACAACUUCACGCCGAAUUAGACAAAGCGAACUGCAGUACCGCCUUACCAACAGUGAAAAUAAAAUAGCUUCUUAUAUUGUAAUAUUAUCACUUUAUUUGUCGUUUUUAAAUAAUAAUAAAUAAUAAUCUUAUUCUA